AUGGAGUCCAGCAGUCCAGCAGAUGGUGAGAUCACGCAGUACGUGCCCGACGGCUCUGCUCAAUCCUGCGUCGCGAUCCGCGGCAUUUGUGGUCAACCGCCCAAAACCAACCGGGAAGACUUCAACGACGGGUUUGACAGCAGGAACUAUGCUCUGGAAAUGUUGCGUCUGCGCGAAACCUUGCGUAGGAAUGCACAGAUGGAGCUAAUGUCAUACUACGACGGACACAACUUACCAUACUAUGAUAAGAUAGAGCUCGACGAAAACGGUUGGGUUGUGACUCCGCCUGCGGAUCACCGCUUGUCCGACGCGUUAGUCUUCCUCGUUAUCGGUCAAAACCUGGUGGUCACCAGAAACAGGCACGGCAAAUGGCCCGCCGAUUUCAACUCGGACGGAGACAUAUACCCGAUGGCUAUAGGGCGACCCACCGGGUCACACUUACACAAGUAUAUGUGGCUGCUGACGAAGAAAGUGGCCUAUGCUAAGAUGAAGCACACUGGCCGGCACUUGGGCGAAGUCACUGUGUCCCCGAAGGAACUCCGGGCCCCCUUCGACUCUGAUACGGCUUUCAACGUCGACUUCGAUAGCUACGAUUGGUCUAAGUUCACCCCUAUACCAACAUUCGACUGUGCGACGAAGCGCCUCGUCCUAGCUCUCCAGGGCUCAGGGGUCAUUAUCACACCGCCAGCUAAUAUAAGGGGAUUUAACCCGGCCGCCGGGCCAACUAAAACGAACUUCGCGAACCGCCUAGUGGAUAUCGAUCAAACCACGUGGUCGUCGAUGGCAAAUGCUUCCUAUCAAAGAAUCUCGUCUUUCUCCCUACUGGACAAGAACGCGGCGCGUACCAUGCCCAAGUCCCUGGACAAAAUGGAAAAUGUUACGAAGGUCGAACCAUCCUUGUACCGCGAUAUUCCGCGCGAAACAUCAGCAACAGUGUUUGAUGACUGGCUGGCUAUCCUGGAUGGACGAAAUCGUAGCUUUACGAGGACUUCGGAGGCUUUACAACCACCAUAA